UGUUAGUUGCGAAAUGAAGUUGUGUUGUUGCAGACACGACUAAGAGAAUGAACGGUUAUUACGUCGUGUGUUUCUUGAUAUUUCUCCGUGCAGUUUCCACUGUUUUCAUCCCACCAGGAGUCGAAAUAAAUAACAAUCCAGUGAUAGGUGUUCUUGCGCAGGAGGUGUAUGGUGGCACAAACGCGUACAUUGCGGCGUCCUAUGUCAAGUAUCUGGAGUCAGCGGGUGCCCGCGUUGUUCCCGUGAUGAUCAACAGGUCUGUUGAACACUAUACCCAGCUAUUCAGAUCCAUAAAUGGAAUCCUUUUUCCAGGUGGUGGUGUCAGCAUUGUUUCAUCUGGUUAUGCCAAAGCAGCUGAAAUAUUCUACCAACAUGCUAUAGAGGCCAACUCAAAUGGAGAUUAUUUUCCCGUGUGGGGAACAUGCCUCGGCUUUCAGCUGCUGUCAAAGUUAACUAGUGGAAAAUUAUUACUGUCGCACACUAAUACCAGUGGUGUUGCUCUACCACUGAACUUUACCAAAGAACUGAAGCAGAGUAGAAUGUUUGAGGAUUUUCCAGACGAUCUGAUGACAUCACUGACAACAGAACCACUCACAGAGAACUCUCAUAAAUGGAGUCUUACUACUAAGAGAUUCAAUGGAAAUGAGAAGCUGAGGAAGUUCUACCGAAUUCUGAGUACUAACACAGACGGACAGACUGAGUUUGUCUCGACAAUGGAGGCAUAUGAUUGGCCAAUCUAUGGAACCCAGUGGCACCCAGAGAAAAAUGCCUUUGAGUGGACCCGCUCAUACAUCCCCCACUCUGCCCCUGCUGUUAAGACCACCUUCUAUAUGGCCCACUUUUUUGUCAAUGAAGCUAGAAAAAGUCUUCACAGAUUUUCAAGCAAAGAAGAGGAACAGAAAGCUUUAAUUUAUAACUAUGUUCCUAAAUACUCUGGAAUGAAGUCUCCUUUUGAGCAAAUAUAUAUUUUUAAUUAAUUUUCCUCCAUCCCUUGAAAACCCUUGGCAUGUUGGCAUAUACCUUGCAAAGGUAUUCAACUUCCUUAAAUCGUUAGAUUUGUCUGUAUUAUAAAUGACACACAUAGCACAAAAUAUGUCAUAUUUAAUUUUAAAAGACUGGUACUCAAAGUUAUAUUGAGUGUCAAAAAUGUGAAUUUCAAAUUCAAAAGCUUAAAUCUUGUAUUCAGAGAAGUAUUAGGCAUUCUGCUGUGUCACGACAAAUUGUGUGUGUGUCUUGUUUUCUGUAAUUAUCCUUGAGAUAACUCAUAGAUAGUACUCAGAGUCCCCCUAUUGCAAUUUAAAUUGACUGGACAUAGUUUGGAAAUGCAUGUUUGUAAUUCUCAGAAAACCAUCACUUUCUCAUUUAGAAAAUUAAUCAAAUUUUACUUUUGUUCUGCCUCAGAUGUUUUUGUUUAAAAAGAAUAUUAACAUGUCAGCAAAAUUAAAAUCACACAAUUGUCAUCUUAUUUGUUCUUAGUAAUUUUAAAAUAUAUCCAUAAAUUAUUCACUGUUUUCCAUAACUGGUGUUAUAGCUGCUGUGUGCCAGAAUGUCAUUAGUUAAAGACAUUAAACAUUUAAAAUUGCACAGACAAUACAAAAAAUGUAGAUAUUUCAUUGUCAAAACAGGUUUAUAAAUGGAUAUAUUUUAACUACAUAAUUGUAAAGUUCAGUUGAGAAGCAUGUUUCUGUUUAUACCAUUCUGUUAUUUACCACAAAGUGACCAAUAAUUGAGGCUAAAAUUAAAAGUAUAUAAUCUGCAGAUCCAUAAAAGUAUUACUGUUGAAUAAAAACAGUAUUUCAUACUUAAAAUAUUUAGACCAAUUUUGACAUUUUGGAUGCUGGAUCCAGCAAAAUGUAUUGUGUAGUACCAGUGACACAGUAGAACAGCAAUGACAUUACAGUAUUACUUCAAACAUAAUUUUUUUAAAAUCAUUUGCAUUUCUAUUACCAGAUGGAAUUAUGAAGUCUAAACACAUUAAAAGCUAUAAGUUGAAUAUUAAACGGUUAAUCUGGCUCUUGUACAUUUCACAUAUCUUUUUCUGCAUCUCCUUUUGCAAAGUUUUAAUUGUUCUUUGAUGUGUUUGUGCAGUUCUUCUAUGUACUCUAUGUCCUUGGGUUUGUUUUCUGGAAAUAUAAAGGAAUGUCUGAUUUACUUUACAAA